CGACAUGUCGACAGUCAGCCUCUAAAGUGUUUUCUCGGUCGUUCCCUAAUUCUUUGGCGGCGGACUGAUGCGGUGAAGGGCCGAUGCCGGGCCGUAGCCCCAGGCCGCUGAGCUGAGAGGGAGAAGCAGGAGGAUGCAGUGGGUCACUCUGGCGGUGGCCCUGGGGUGUGUGUGUCUUUCCCGGGCAUCGCACACCCCCACCCCUACCCCCACCUCCACACACACCCCUCUAGUGGACAACUCCGAGGAGGAAGUGGAUGAACCGUGCUUCGAGCCGUGCACUUGCGAGGUCAAAGAAGGCGUGCUGCAUGUGCACUGCGAUGGGCGGAGCUUCACUAAUGUCAGCCAGGUGUCACAGUCGUGGGUCCGCCCUUUCAAACUCAACCUCCAGAGGAACUCUCUGAGGCGUCUCUAUAGCAACGGGUUCCAGCACCUUGGCAACGCGGUGUCGAUAAACCUUGGCAACAAUGCACUCCAGGACAUCAGAGUGGGAGCUUUCCACGGGCUGGCCAAACUGAGACGCCUGUACCUCCACGAGAACAAGCUGGAGGUCUUCAGAAACGACACCUUCGCCGGGUUAGAGGCGCUGGAAUACCUCCAGGCCGACUACAAUGUGAUCAAACGAAUCGACAGUGGCGCUCUGAGGUUCCUCUACAAGCUCCGGGUUCUCAUCCUCAACGACAACCUGAUCCCCGUCUUGCCUGCUCAUCUGUUCAGAUCUGUGUCUCUGACUCAUCUGGACCUGCGGGGAAACCGUCUGAAGAGCCUGGCAUAUGCUGGGACGCUGGAGUACGUCGGUCGUUCCCUGAUGGAGCUACAGCUGGAGGAGAAUCCCUGGAACUGCGGCUGCGAGGCAGUGCAGCUGCAGCAGUGGCUGGGUCAGAUCCCUUACACGGCGGUAGUCGGGGAUGUUACCUGCGAGUAUCCCUUCCACCUUCACGGCAAGGACUUGAGGGAAAUACCCCGCAAGGAGCUGUGCGCUGACCUCCCUGAUAAAGAGCUGCAAGCGGAGGGAGGAGGUCCGUCAGCGGGAUCACAGCCCCAACAUUUGCCCCCAAACUCUAAACCUAACUCCCAUCCCGGGCGAGUCAGGCCGACUAAACCGUCCUCAAUGGUCCACGGUUCCCGCCAGAACACUCAUACCUCCUCUACGUCGUCGUCUUCGUCCUCAGCGGAGCGUAAAGAGCGGGAGAGGCAACCGAGGCCCACAAAACGGCCUCGACCAUCCAAAACAUCACCCACACCUCGCAGCUUGAUGCCCAACCCAAAUCCCCCUGUCGCCGGCUACCAGACACGUCCCCCCAUCCCGAUAAUUUGUCCCCUGGGCUGCACGUGCAACCUACACAUCACAGACUUGGGCCUAACCGUCAACUGCAAGGAGAACGGCUUCCUCAACGUGUCCCAGCUCACGCCCCGGCCCCUCAACGGCCGCAAGCUGUACCUGAGUGGAAACUUAAUCCAGAGGAUCUACCGCACAGACUUCUGGAAUUUCUCCAGCCUCGACCUGCUUCACCUUGGGAACAACCGCAUCUCGUACCUCCAGGAGGGCGCCUUCUCCAGCCUCACGAGCCUGAGGAGCCUCUACCUGAACGGCAACAACCUGGAGAGGCUCAGUCCCCACAUGUUCCUGGGGCUGCAGAAUCUGAGGUACCUUUAUUUUGAAUACAACGAGAUCCGCGAGGUUGAUCCCGGGACCUUCGACUCCAUGCCGUCCCUCCAGCUGUUGUUCCUCAAUGCCAACCUGCUGCGGAGUCUUCCUCUCGGCGUGUUUUCUGGAGUUAAUCUGGCUCGACUCAAUCUGAGAAACAACCACCUUCUGCUGCUUCCUAUGGAGGGCGUGCUGGAGCACCUCACCGGACUGGUGCAGGUGGAUCUGCAGCAGAACCCGUGGGAAUGCAACUGUGAAGCAGCUCCACUGAAGCGUUGGCUGGAGGGGCUCAGCGCCGUGGUGGUGGUGGGAGAGGUGGUCUGCCACUCCCCGGAAAAGACCAAAGGAGUAGAUCUCCGCUCCCUCUCCAUGGAGCUGCUGUGCCCUGAGCUGGAGCCCCAGGAGGACCAGGAGCAUGAGGAGCAGACAGCCACCUCCACAGCUGCCGACAGCGGUGUAUCGGUUGGAUACCCCGGCUCAGGGCUGGGCCCCCUGAUCCCUCCUGGGAAGGAUUCAAUCCCUCUGUCGGUGUUAGUGCUCAGCCUGCUGGUGUUGUUUGUGUCGGCAUUCUUUGCGGCAGCGGCACUAAUCGCCUACGCCCUGAGGAGGAGGGACAAGCUGCCGUUCCGUCGCCAGGGAGAGGUAGACUUGGCCGGCAUCCAGAUGGAGUGUGGGAUCUUCACAGAGCAGACACACCACCACCAUCACCACCAUCACCACGGCCUCCCGGAGACACCGCCCCUACCUCCGCCCGAACACAACCACGUAUACGACACCAUCUUGCCCCCAGAGGCUGCGUCGAAAGGUCCUAACCCCGCUGCAGCCCCACACAUGUGUAGCAACCCUAUCUACAAAGAGGAGGAUGCGGCGGUGAAGCAGCGGCCGCCGCCGCAGCAGCAGCAGACGUUUGCAGCUUCCAAAGAGAGCGAGGGAGGAUACUGCCCUGCAGAGAAGGAGAGGGAGUGGACACUCGAGGUGUCCUCGUCGCCCAUCAACACCGUCACAGGAGCGAUGGGACCGCUCCCCGGCCUCAACGGCAUCCUCUGCCCCACAGUGAUCGACAGCCAGGGCCCCACCCCUAAGGUCGAACUGGUGGACUGCCUCUUCAGACUCCCCACCCCGGAGUUCAGAGACCUGCCAGACAGGUACGCAAGGCCGCCGCCCCGCUACCCUCACCCCCAAGACUCCAAACAGGACGCCAGACCCGAACAAACGCUCGUGGUCACCACCGCCAGCGCCACAGCAGGCGGUGGUAACAGCGGCCAGAGCGAGCAGGGCGCCAGACUGAGGACCACGCCAGACUACAUGGAGGUUCUGGACCGGUCUUACCAGUUUUAACCCUCCCCGCUCUUCCUCCUCCUCCUCCUCUUCCCGCUGCCCCUCUUCUCUUGUCUCCUCAUCAUCUCCCUCUCUGGUGAUGAAUCAUCCAGUAACAAUGACUCCUGUACAGAGGCUGGCGUGGCUUUGAGAGGAGCCUGUGGGGGAGCGGGACUUCACUACACACAUGUUUAUUCCUGGAUAACGAGCUGAGGUCAGUUUUUGUAUUUUCCCCACUACUGGCGUAUAGGUUUGGAAAGGAUUAUCAGAUCCCAGAUCUCUGCCUGGAGGCGAAACUUCAGCUGCAGCUACUACAGAUUUUUUUUUUUUCCUCACAAUCGUAAAGUACUGAGGCUCCGUUUUUCUACUCGGCGCCGCAGUGAGCAGGAGACAGUACCGUGGGCGUCAGUGUUCAUAUUCUCUCAAAAGACCUGCGUGGAGGUGAAACUCGCCAGCUCCCUGCGACAUCAAACACAGAGUCAUAAACUGUGACGGGCAGAAGGUGCGGAGCAAACUGGGUGGACGAUGGAGAACCGACGGAGACAAAGAGGGAAAGAGAAAACAGCCAAGUGCCUUAGCAAUGAACAGCCAGCAGUGUGGUCAAUGCUUAUUUUUCUAUGAAUACAGAUCUAUUUAUCUAAACAAAGAGGUUUGACUACCAACGGAUGGGACGCUGAUGGACGACUGAGACUGAAACCAAUCAAAAAAGCCGCCGAAUGAUUGCAUUCCCCUGGAUGAGCCAAAAAUAAUACUAUACCCAGUCAAUAUCGGAGUUGUUUGUAUGCAGUUCAGUUCAUUUUCAUUUCAUCCGGUUAACUUAAUUUGCCAGUUGAAUUUUUUUACAGGGCUAGAUGAGGGACAUAUCCAGGAAUAGUUUGGUUGCUGUGUGAAAUUAUAAAAAGGUUUUAUGGAUGAAAGGAAUUAUCUUUUUUUUUUCCAAAACAAAGGAAGGCCGACACAUAGAAGGACACUGUUGCAAUGGAUGCAUUUUGGAUUUCUUAAUCAGCCAGACUUAAUGAGGCCACACGGACCUCUACUCCCUGUUUUCUUUCAUCGGACAAAAGGCACAGAGGUUAUUGAUUUUUACGAAUUUCUCAGAGGAAAAUUGAACGGCAAAAAAAGAAACAAUGGACU